AUGAAUUCAGAGUUAUCUUGUGAUAAAAGUAAGGUCAUAAUACCUAUUAAGUGGGUGAAUGUUUUCAUUCUACUCAUUCUAAUGGGUGUUGUCGUGGAGUCGCAAUUAAUCACUGAUCAUAGUCCACUAGUUGGUUAUAAAUACGGUAAAACUUAUUUCACCAUCUACGGAACUGGUUUCAGCCUUGAAGACAUGAGGAGACCCGAACUAUACCUUGGUUCUACAAAACAAUCUCUGUUGAAAUCAGAUUUGCUCGAUGAUGGCGUAACUUUUAAGUUUGUCUUUUUUCUUUGGAAUCCAAAAGGUAAAGAUAGCUAUAGUAUUAGUCUUCGACAGGAUGGAAAUAUUAUUUUUAGUGGUUUUAUUUUUAAUUUCAUAUCACCAAUUGUUGAUAGUAUUACACCAGAAUUCUAUUACCCAAGAGGUUUCGAAACUAAGAUCCUUACGAUAACAGGUAAGAAUCUGUUGUUGGAAGAUGAUGAUGAAAUUAAUGUAAACUUUGUUGAUGUUGACGAGCGUUUCCCCCUGAAAGUGAUAAGUGCUUCUCGCACGGAGAUCCAAUGUUACAUUCCAAACUACCGAGAAGACAAAAACAAAGUUUUCAAUGUUUUCAUAUAUCCUGAAGGACUGUCGCAAGGUGUACAAGCUUUGUAUUUCAGUUAUGAAGUGCCUUCAUUAUUCAGAGUUAGACCAUCAAGAAGUAUAUCAAAUAGCAAUCAAAUAACUAUUUUUGGAAAAUCGUUUGUUGAUGAUCGUAAUAACUUUAUUAUCAUAAUUGGUGGUCAGAUAUGCCCAGUACAAAAGAUUACACCAAAUUGGGUAAUCUGUCAAUUCACACAUACCGAUCCAAUUCCAGAUGGUCAAAAUGAAUUGGAUUUACCAAUCAUUGCUGUUAUUGAUGGUCAAUCUGUUAAAGGAAUUCUUAGCUUUGUUAUUUAUCGACCUAUCGUUUCAAGCAUUUAUCCAUUGAUAGCUUACAGUAAUACCAAGUUUCAGAUUUCGAUAAAUGGAAGAUAUCUUGGUGAAUCGGAUUUUGCUUCAUUUGGAAAUGUUGGUUGUCAAGCUACACAAAGAAGUGAUACCCAAUUAAUUUGUAUUUUCGAUACAACUGGUACCAAUAUCAUUGGUUCAUAUCCUUUGGAACUAAAUAUUGGUGGAAAUCAAAUUUCCUUUGAUGAUAAGAUUUUUACUUUUAUUGGAAAGCCAACUAUUAUAGAUAUUCAACCCAAAGAGAUCUAUAGAGACGGUGUUUGGUAUUUAAAUAUUCAAACAGAACAUUUACCAGAUUUCACCGAUGUUUUAUUAAAUGGACAACAUAUAGAUUCGAAAUUAGUAUCUUACAAUCUUUUAAAGAUUGAAUUGAAUAUUGAAAAAUUAGGCUUACCAAUAGGAGAUCAUACUAUAGAAUUAUAUUCCAGUCUUGACGGUUCAAUUCUAUCCCCACCAAUGAUUUUCUCAGUGGUAGAUCCCAUCAUCACAAUGACUCCAACGGUUGGAUAUGUUUACUCUGAAACCGAAAUCGAAGUAGAAUACAGUAAUCUGCCAUUUGAUCUUUUUUCAAAUGAUCAUAUGACCAUCAGGAUUAAAGAUACUAAAGUCGAUUCAAAAUCAAUCAGAAUUAUCGAUAAAAAGAAAUUCUCAUUUUUGGUUCCACCAAAAUUAGAUGGUCCUGCAACCGUCGAAAUAUCGAUUCUUUUUCAUUCUUACCAUGAAUUUUUAACUAUUCUUCAAUUCACAUAUUAUGAACCAACUUUCACUUUAUUCGAGCAAGAUGAUGAAAACUUUGCAAUUUCAGGUCUGCACUUGGAUUUUAUAACAUCGAUUCAAAUAGGAACAGAAUAUCUUUUAGAUAUGUCAACAUGUUCUAUUUUUUCCGAAGAUCGUAUUCUUUGUGAUAUUCCAUAUUUUUUCAUUGGAUCAUAUCCAGUUACUUUAUUCGUCACCGACAGUUUCUCUAUAGAUCAUGAAUAUCAAGAUGAAUUUUCAAAUGAUCCAAACCAAGUCCAAGUCAUUGUUGGUGAUGUUGAAUGUCAUUCCGUUCAGAUUCUGGAUAAUGGAAAUACAAUCUCAUGUAUUCUUCCAGAAUUGAAAAACGUUGGAAUAUUCAAUGUUUUCGUUAUAGUGGAUGGUAUCAAAUCUGAUGCCAAUAUAGAGUACAAGUCUGACUUGGUUUCAUGUCUUGGACAACGGCCAACUUAUGGUGUGACCAAUGAAGUUGUUGAUUGGUGGUUUAUCUAUAAAAUUGCCAAAAGUGAAACCGAAUCCUAUUUAUAUAUUGACUCAACAAUGGAUCAAUUGAAACUAUUUGACAAUCUUCAACAUCUCAAACCUUUCGACCAAAUGCCACUCAGUCCAUUGGAAUCAACUGUUAUGCAACCUGCAACCUAUCAUAUCUAUUACAAUGAUCAAAUUGGAGGUAGAGAUGAUUGGGGAGGAAGAAUAGAGAAAAAAGCAAAUGAUGGUACUAUAGACGACAGAUACGGUCAUAGUAAAGGAAUUUCACUUUGGGAUGAGGUUGAUGGUCAAGUCUUUGGAAUUCAUAUUCAACAUUCAAAUCCAAUAUUUCCAUCAUACGAAGAUAAAGGUGAUGGUAUGAAAUUUAACACACCAUAUGAAGGUAUUAAGUUUCUUGGAAAGAAUGUUUUCAGUCAACAUUUCUUUUGUUACAACACUGAUAAUAUGGAGCAAGUUGCAGAGUAUAUGGUAAAGAACUCUGUAAAGGUUUUUUCUUCAAAUGUGUUUAAGGAUAUAGUCAAAUCACCUCGAAUGGAGAAUUAUAAAUAUAUGUAUAAUUUGAUCAAAAAAGAUUCAUCAUGGUCGAAAAUUUAUAGGGAUGCUUGUGAGAAAAAUAUUAGAAAUGGAAACGACAAUCUUGACAAUAUCUGCUAUUGGAAUUCAGAAUUCACAACAAUUGGAAACGAUUUGAAAAUGAAAUAUUUUAUGAAAAUUGGAAAUAAUUACUAUCGAGAAGAUGGUCUAUUCGAAAACCCAACCAGAUCAAAGUAUAUCUUGAAGAAACGGACCGGACUUGAGAAGUUUAAUAAUGUAUAUCACGAUGGAGUUGACUUAUGGAUGGUAGUAGCAGAUCAUUUCAAAAAGAAGAUGUUUGUUCAAAUGUCUUGUUCCAAUGUGUUUACGAAAGACGAUCAAUAUAAAAUUAUGCAAAUGAGACCAACUGAACAAGUUAUCAAUGUUGCACAUUUGGAACUUCCUCAAUAUCUUUCACCAAAGUCAAAAUAUGGAAAAUAUAUCACUAAUAGAUUUGCCUCAGCUUUUUAUGAACAUUCAAAAUUAGGAUUUCCAGUUUAUCCAACAUAUUCAACUGAGGUGCAAAAUGAUAAUGAGGACAACUAUUUCUGUGUUGGUGAUAGCAAUCGUCAUAAUGGACAAGGUCAAAGAGCAGGUGGUAUCAUUUGUUUCUAUCAUCCUACUCUUGUUUAUCAAUUCAAUAGAAUGGUUCGAAAAUAUGAUACAUAUAAUUUAUUAGGUGAAGGAGAACGAAUUACAUUGAUGACAUCAAAGGACUCUAUCGGUUUAUUCUUUACAAUGCAGCAACCAGUUCUAUUUUUUAGAGUGGACCAACAUCCUUUGAUCAGUUUGGAAAUUAAAGAUUAUAUCAAUGAUCAAUACUUUUCGAAAUAUCCAAAGCAGAAUCUUUAUCUCGAUAAGAUACCUCCAAAGGGGUAUUGUGAUAUUAUUCUUGAACUCCAAGUUCUAAGAACAAGUAAGGAAAAUGUUGCACCAAAAGAGGAGCAAUCAAUUAGUUCAGUUCAACCUAAUACGUUUCCAGAACAAAAACAACAAGAUAUCAAAGACUAUGUUGCAAAUGAUAUCUAUUCAGUUCAUUACAUUGCUUUCGAUGAAAAAGUUGGAUCAAUUUGUGAUUUUAGAGAUGAUCUCAUUCAAUGUUCAAAAGAGAAUGCUCGAGUUACACCCAUUACGAAACCCCAAACACAAGUAUCAUAUCCACCCUUGGUAAAUGAUCAAAAAACUUGGGAUCUUCAAUAUUCUUUACCUCUCGAGAACAAAAAAUUCGUGCUUGAAAAUAAUGAUGAUUUCAGAUUGAUACGUUUCACUUCAAAAUUCAUGACAAUGUUUGAGAAUCCAAAAAGAAAUUUCUAUCAAUUUGUUUUCGCUCCAUCACUCUCCAACCACUUCAAUCCACCAACCAUAUACAGAAGCGAACUCCAAAGUUGUUACGAAGAAGAAAUCGCAUAUUUUAUGACACUUCAUUAUAUCUAUUAUCAAGCAAAUGUUCAAAAUCAAAUUUCAUUUUCAAUUGGAACCAAUGAACCAAAUUGGGCUAAUGGUGUAAUCUUUGCAAUUUCAAAGAAAUUAUUCAAUAAUUUUAGAAAGUCAGAUACAUCUUUAAUUAAUUCAUGUUUUACUGUUGUUCCUGGAUUUUCAGACAUUAGUAAUAAAGGUGAUGUAGAUAUGGAUGAUUCUGUAUUUAAGACAAACGCAAGAGCAGCUUGGGCUAUGAUGUGUCAAGACAACAAUUAUGCCAAUUCUGGAAGAACUUCAAAUGAUAUUAUUCCACCGUCAGUGUUACUAAAUGCAAUGAUAAAGAUGACAAAAAUGAAAUCUCAAUCAAUCGAUUCAUUAUCAUCAUUAUAUUGGAUCAUUCCAAGUCAAUAUAGAACAAUCUAUAAUUUCAAGAUCUGUCUCGAAAAGAAUAGAUUAGAAACAAGGAUGAUUGAUGAUACUGAGCUUGGUCUUUUGAAUCUGAUGAAAUUGAAAUCAUUCGAUCGAUCAAAUUCGUUGUUAUCAUCGAAUAAUCAAAAUUCAAUAAGCUCAAUAUCAAAGGAUGAAUCAGAAAGCAAGAGUGGUGUCCAACAAUUGAUUUCCACAAAUCUAUUGAAUUCAAGUGAUAUUACUUCUUUAAGUAUUUAUCAAACAAUGAAACUUGAAUUAUCAUUUGAUAAAUGGAUUUCAAUCAAUGGUCAAAGUCAAGCAAUUCAAACUCUCAUCGUAGAUCCUUUCCACCAAUAUCAUAAUCAACCAAUUAAAUUCAUUGAAGAAUUGAAUUAUUAUCAACCUGGAAACAAUAUUAAACUUCAAUUACAAUCAGUUGGAACAACUGGAACAAGAAUUACUCUUUCAUCACCACUUUCAAUUGUUUCAAUCACUUUUAUUCUAGAAAGUCUUUUGAAGACAACCAGUAAAACCAGUUUUGGAGAUUUCGAAGUUUUCUAUCAUCCAAAACCAGUCGAUUACAUUGGAUAUAUUACAAAUGAUUUUGAUGGAAUGAUAAUUUCAACAAUCAAUUCUCAAUUAUGUGAUAUCCAAAUGAUUAAUCAACAAGAUUAUCAAUCAAAUAGAUUUGAUUCGAUUUGUUCAGGUGUUGGUCCAAUCAUCACAUCAGUAAAUCAAUUAACAGGUCCGACCAAUGGUGGAUAUAAAAUAACUAUCAAUGGAAUUAGAUUCAAUUCUUCAAUGAUUGUUUCGAUUGGAGAGAAGCCCUGUCAUAACAAUGAAUUGCUAUCAACACAACAAUUAGUUUGUCAAGUACCAAAUGGAGUUGGAAGUAAUCAUGAAAUUAUCAUAUCAACACAACAAACAAUCUUCAACAUUCAAAGAUCGAAAUUUAUAUUCUCUUAUCAACCACCAAUAAUCACAGGAAUCCAACCAAAGAUUUUAAAUUGUCAUGGAAAUGAUAAUUUAACGAUUUCUGGUUCAAACUUUGGAAUGGAUGCAAUGAAUUUACAAGUUUUAAUCGAUGAAACUCUGUUUUGUCAACCGAUUAUCAGUGUUGAUUCUGAAUCAAUUGUAUGCUUGACACCAUCUGCUAUUGGAGACUAUCGAUCGAUUACAGUCUUUGUCGAUGAUCAAAGAUCGAUUUUUAAUAUCGAUACAGUCCAGCAACAAUCAUUCAAUUUCGAUGGUCCAAAGAUUAUGGGAUUCCUUCCACCAUUUGGAGAUCCAAAUGAUAAGAUCUUAAUAUUUGGUAAUGGUUUUGGAAAUGAAGAAGAUUCAGACCUCCCACCACUUGUUUAUAUUGGUGAUAAUCAAGUUCAAAUCAACAAUUAUACAAAUGGUAGAAUCGAAUUCCAAUUAGAAUUUGAAUCAUCUAAUCAAUCAUUGAUCGUUCAAUCAGGUGAUCAAUCAACGAUAUCCGAAUUCCAUUUUAAUCCAGCCAGUUCAGAUAAUCUAUUAAUCUCAAAUUUCAAAACUACAGGAGGAUUAAUUGGAAUUAAUGGAUCUGGAUUCGGAUUAUUCUAUGAUGAUGGAAUCGAAAUUCAUAUAAACUCGAUUGUCAUACCAUGUAGUUCAUUCAAUGAAUUCAUAGAAUGCUUUAUCCCACCUGGAAUCGGAAAGAAUCUAUCAUUGUCAGUUGUUGCGCUAUCCUAUCAACCUGAAAUCUUAGAAAACUACACAAUCUCCUACUUUAAACCACAGAUUACAUCUGUUAAAUACAAAGAUUCGAUCAUCCAGAUCUUUGGAUCGAAUUUUGUUCCUGUUGAUCUCGGUGUAUCGUAUAACCCAUCAGACUCUUUUAUCAAAUUGGUUUAUAAUGAUCGCAAUGUAAUAUGCACAACAUUCCGAAACAGUAAGCUCGCCGAGUGUGAAAUCGGUAACAUUGACAAUGAGGAUCCGAUCACCAUAGAAAUCAUGGUUGGUGGUCAACUCUCAAACAUCUAUUCAUUCCAUUAA